AGAAUAAAAUACGAUGUAGUCUCUAUCGUUUGAGGUUAAUUAGUAUCUAUUUGGAGUGCUUAGGAACUCUUUAGUCCCUAAAUUAUGUUUUGUAUUAACUUACCUUCUAAUUUAGGCUUUAAAUUUUAAAAAAUACUUUUAAAUGGUGUUUGCAAGUGUUAACAUACCAUUAAAUUACUAACAGACAAAUGAGGUGUCAAUUUUGAUAUUAAAUUUAUAUUAAUUUAUUUAGCUUGGUAAAUUUUUACUAUUUACGUUUACUUUAAUUUUAUUUUCUCAUCCUUUCCCCUUUCUCUCCUCACCAUCUCUCCGUCUCCCCUCCAUUUCUUUAAGUAAAGUUGUUCCUCCAUACCCGCCCGAGCUUUCGAAGGUAGGGCCUUUACGUUUUACCACAUAGCUUCGUUUAUCAUCCAUUUUUUCCAACCCUGUUUAAUCCUGGAACUAUUAACUCAUCCAAACUCAAAACCUUUCUCUUCUUUACCAUCAUUUUGGUUUGUAAUCUUCAUUUUUAGGCUGUGAGUUUUGGGCGUUUUGAGAGAAAUGAGGGUUCAUUGGAAUUUUCAUACUGAAAGAAAAAUGAAAUGAAGAUCAUUGAGAACUUGUUUAAUGACUACUACUGGCGGCAGAAAACAAAGUUUCUAAGAGAGAAAAAUUUCAAACAAACAACACCAAAAGUGGUAGUGGAAGAAGGAAAAGGAAAUGAGAAGGAAAUUGUAAAGAUUGCAUUGGAAAGAGCUGCAACUUUCUUUGGAGCUUUACAAAGCGACCAUGGCCACUGGCCUGCAGAAAAUGCUGGCCCUAUGUUCUAUUUACCUCCUCUGGUAUUUGCAUUGUACAUCACUGGAGAUCUUGAUAUUAUAUUUUCGAAAGAGCAUCAAAAGGAAAUCCUUCGCUAUGCUUAUUAUCAUCAGAAUGAAGAUGGUGGAUGGGGACUACACAUUGUGGGAGAAAGUUGCAUGCUUUGCACUGUCCUAAACUACAUUGCAUUGCGUUUGUUGGGAGAAGAAGCUGAUAAGGAAGCUUGUGUUAAAGCUAGAAACUGGAUUCUUUAUCAUGGAGGUGCUCUUUACACACCUUCUUGGGGAAAGAUUUGGCUUGCCAUCUUGGGAGUGUAUGAAUGGGAGGGGACAAACCCAAUGCCACCAGAAGUUUGGAUGUUUGGAUCAUCAGAAGUGAGUAUAAAUCCAGGAGCACUGUUUUGCUAUUGUAGAUUGACAUACCUUCCAAUGUCCUACUUAUAUGGAAAGCGCUUUGUGGGUCCUCUCACUCCUCUCAUUUUACAACUUCGUCAAGAAAUCUACCCUCAAUCUUACGCUCAUAUCAAUUGGAAUCCAGCAAGACAUUACUGUGCAAAGAAGGACAAAUGCUUUGAACGUCCAUUGAUUCAAAAGUUAGCAUGGGAUGUUCUUCAAUAUAUUGGAGAGCCUAUUCUGAGUAGUAGAGCAUUUAAAAGAGUUCGGAAUCGUGCUAUCCAAAUAAACAAGCGGUUCAUUGAUUAUGAAGAUCAUUGUAGUCGUUACAUCACAAUUGGAUGUGUUGAAAAGCCAUUAUGCAUGGUUGCUUGCUGGGCAGACGAUCCUAAUGGUGAAGCUUACAAGAAACAUGCUGCAAGAGUUAAAGAUUACUUAUGGGUUGGUGAAGAUGGAAUGAAGAUGCAAAGCUUUGGAAGCCAAUCAUGGGAUGUUGCCUUUGCCAUUCAAGCAAUUCUUGCCACUAAUCUUCAUGAUGAAUUCUCAGAUAUACUAAAGAAAGGGCACGACUUCAUAAAAAAUUCACAGAUAAAGGAGAAUCCUCAUGGAGAUUUCAAAAGAAUGUAUCGUCACAUAUCAAAAGGAGGAUGGACAUUCUCUGAUCAAGAUCAUGGAUGGCAAGUUUCUGAUUGUACAACAGAAAAUUUAAUGUGUUGUUUGAAAUUAUCAACAAUGCCUCCAGAAAUAGUGGGAGAUCCUAUGGAACCACAAUGCUUUUUUGAUGCGGUUAACUUAAUUCUUUCCUUACAGGCAAAAAAUGGUGGAAUGGCAGCUUGGGAGCCAACUGGUAUUUUACCUGCAUGGUUAGAGCAAUUAAACCCAGUGGAAUUCUUGGAAUACACAGUACUGGAGAAAGAGUAUGUAGAAUGCACAUCAUCAGCAAUACAAGCCCUAGUGCUAUUUAUGAAGCUAUUUCCAAGUCACAGGAGGAAGGAGAUCGAGAAUUUUAUAGAAAAGGCAGUAAAUUUCAUUGAAAGAAUGCAGAAAGAGGAUGGAUCAUGGUAUGGAAAUUGGGGAAUAUGUCACAUUUAUGCUACUUUUUUUGCGGUUAAAGGAUUAGUAGCAGCUGGAUACACUUAUGAUAAUUGCUUCCAAAUAUCAAAAGCUGUGGAGUUUCUACUUAAAAUUCAAUGUGAAGAUGGUGGAUGGGGAGAAAGCCAUAUCUCUUGUACAAAAAAAGUAUACACUCCCCUUCCAGCCAAUUCUUCCAAUCUCGUUCAUACUUCUUUUGCUUUGAUGGCCUUGAUCCAUUCUCAACAGGCAAGGAGGGAUCCAACUCCUCUUCACCGUGCUGCUAAGCUACUAAUUAACUCACAGUUGGAAGACGGUGAUUACCCUCAACAGGAAAUAACGGGAGUUUUUAUGAACACAUGCAUGCUAAAUUAUGCACUGUACAGGAAUGUAUUUCCACUGUGGGCACUCGCAGAGUAUUAUAGUUUUGUUUCCUCGCCUUAAAGUCUCUUACUCCUAGAUCUGUGGUUAACAAUCUUUACGUGUUGGAUAAUUAUAAUGGGUACAAAAUACUAAAAAUGUCACAGAAAUAAAUAAUUUAAAAAUAUAAUCUUUUU